GCUGGUGUAGGGCCAGUGCCCGGCAGUCGGGCCUGUGGAGAGGAGGGGGUCUCGCUGUCGGCCCGUUCGCCGGUUCUCCUCACCAUAAUCCCCUCUCCACAGGAACUAGCCCAGCGGCCGUCUGUCAUUUACUUCGACUGGAGGUUCCAUUAACUCGCUUCGUGGCCGCCGCCGUUUUUGUUUUUUUUUUGUCGGUGGGCGCCUCGUCCUCCCCUGGACCCCCCGGCCCUCGGCCCCCUCGCCCGGCCAGCGGGUGUAAUCGACCCCCCGGCGCGUGUGGCUUGGCGGCAGCAGUAGGCCGCGGCCGGCCGGCCGGUGUGUGGGGGGAGGGGAGGGGAGGGGGUGAAGAUGGGGAUGUUUCUGGCCAAGUUGAUGGGACUCUUCUGUAACCAGGAACACAAAGUUAUCAUCGUAGGGCUGGACAAUGCAGGGAAAACCACCAUCCUUUAUCAGUUCCUGAUGAAUGAGGUGGUCCAUACAUCGCCCACAAUUGGCAGCAACGUGGAAGAAAUAGUUGUAAAGAACACACAUUUCUUAAUGUGGGAUAUUGGUGGGCAGGACAUGCUGCGUUCAAUGUGGAGUACGUAUUACACAAACACAGAGUUCAUCAUUCUAGUUGUGGACAGCACAGACAGGGAGCGACUAACACUUACGAAAGAGGAACUCUACAAAAUGCUGGCACAUGAGGACCUCAGGAAGGCAGCUGUGUUGGUGUUUGCCAAUAAGCAGGACAUGAUGAACUCUAUGUCGGCAGCUGAAAUUUCCAAGUUUCUAACAUUAACAUCCAUUAAAGAUCAUCCAUGGCACAUACAGGCCUGUUGUGCACUCACAGGCGAAGGGUUGGGUCAAGGGCUGGAAUGGAUGACUUUGAAGACAUCGGCAAAAUAGGUACUUGCAAACCAAAAAAAAGCUUUGGAAAGAAUUGACUCGCCAGUAACCAGGUGCCUUGUUCUUGGAAGACAGAUCUUAAACUACUGGAAGGUGGCUAUUGGCUGGGCACUUGAAACAUGACGUGCAGAGAAUCCUUUCUAAUCGAAGCAGUUGGCCCCAGAACUGAAGGACAACCAUCUCCUGGUGGACUAAACUCGCUGGAAAGAAUGGCCUUGUGCGAAUGUGCUGGAUUUUUAACCUCUCACAGUCCAAGGUGCAGAACAGACUAAUUGACUGAAUCCGCCAGAAAACCCAACACUAACCGUGGAAGCGUGCAGGCUCGGGGUCAGAAAAGUGAAAGGAGAAAACUGCUUGCAGUGUGCAAUGCUCCGAAAUUUCAUGGGUAACUUUUGAGUACUCGAGAAAUGUGUGUUACUGAGCUGGCUUGGUGUUUGUGCUCGCAGCUGAAGUGGGAAAACGAGGACCUGUGUGUGGCCCGGACUUUGGGGUAUGCGUUUAAUUCCCGACCUGACUGCCAAGAGUAUUUAAUUCUUUUGAACCUCAGGAACAGUCUUGCUUCUCGUUUAACUUCACCAGUUUUAUUCUAUCGAAUGGCAUAUCAUAAGAUCAGUAUAAGUCUGUUUUAGGGCUUGAAUAAAUAGUCUUAGA